CCCUCACUGUGUGUGCUUUGUCCCCACUAUUUUCAUGGUAAAAUUACUAUACAAUUCAAUUACAGACAUCUGUCUCUAUACUUUUUACCAUCCCUACUUUCGGAUUGCGCACUCUGACCAGAUUACUUGGGAGAAACAAAAGAGGUACAGUAAAGAAAUCAAGAAAAUAUUGAGAGAGAGAGAGAGAGAGAGAGAUUAACAGGGGGGGAUGAAGAAAGGGUCUGCCUUCUGGUUGUUAAGCAUUGUUGAGCUGCUAAAGAAGAUAAAAAAAGCUCAGUUAGAGAAAUAGAGAGAGAGAAAGGGGUUUAAUUUGUGCAAGUGAAAGAGGGGAAAAAAAAGGAGGAGAGAGAGAGAAGAGAGAGAGAUGGUGGGCUCAGGAGUGGGAUCAGAUAGGAGCAAAGAAGCAGUUGGGAUGAUGGCCCUUCAUGAGGCCCUCAGAAGCGUCUGUCUCACCACUGACUGGACUUACUCAGUCUUCUGGACAAUUCGUCCUCGCCCGAGACUCAGAGGGGGUAAUGGUUGCAAAGUUGGAGACGACAAUGGUAGCUUGAUGUUGAUGUGGGAAGAUGGGUUUUGCAGAGGAAGAGUUACAGAUUGUUUGGAAGAGAUUGAUAGAGAGGAUCCUGUCCGGAAAGCCUUCAGCAAAAUGUCCAUCCAGUUAUAUAAUUAUGGAGAAGGGUUAAUGGGAAAGGUAGCUUCUGAUAAGUGUCACAAAUGGGUAUUCAAAGAACCCACUGAAUGUGAACCAAAUAUAUCCAACUACUGGCAGAGCUCCUUUGAUGCUCUCCCUACUGAAUGGACUGAUCAGUUUGAUUCAGGGAUUCAGACCAUAGCUGUGAUUCAAGCUGGCCAUGGCCUUCUACAAUUGGGCUCCUGCAAGAUUAUACCUGAAGACCUCCAUUUUGUGCUGAGAAUGAGACACACUUUUGAGUCCCUUGGCUACCAAUCUGGCUUCUACUUAUCCCAGCUGUUCUCGUCCAACCGAAACACCAACUCUUCUUCCCCUAUUCCAGCAAAGCAACCCCCCAUUUUAACCCGACCUCCACAGCCCAUCUUCAACUGGGCCUCAAGGCCUCUUGCCUCGUCAACUUCACUCCUUUCCUCUCCCAGUUUCCAAAAUACCGCCAGAAUGGGAUUUCCACAAACCAGAGACGAAACCCACAUGUUUCUACUUCCCCAUUCGUCCGAAAACCGCAUUGAAGAAAUGAUGGGGGAUCAGGAAACCGACAUCAAAUGGCCCAACGGGCUGAGUUUCUUCAAUGCACUCACCGGAAGAGCUGAUGAUGCCAAGCUUUUGUUCAAUCCAGAGGGGAUGGGAAACAACCCGGAUCAUCAUCAUCAUCAUCCAAGUCACCACCACCCGAGUUCAAAUAUCUCGGAUGGGUCGAAUCCGAAUGAGUUCUUAAGCUUGGAUAGCCAUCAAGAUAGUGUAAGGAAGAUGGAAAACAAGUUCAAGAGGAGCUUCACUUUACCUGCUAGAAUGUCCUCAUCGUCCUCUUCGACUUCACUCGAUCACCAUUCAGUGCACAAUGCCAUGGAGUACAAGAAUUCCGAGGGGGGUAUGUACUCUGAUGUCAUGGAGACAUUCUUAGAGUGAUUCCCCAUGGUGCGAAUGGUUGAGAAGUUGUAACUAGGAAAAACUUUUCUGAUCUUUUGCUGCUUAGCCUUGUGUUCGUGUUGAUGCUAGCUGGAGUAUUAAUCUCGUGCUUUUCUGUUUCAUGUAGCUCACAUUUUCCAUCCUUUGUUGUAGACUUGACAGUUCUAGAAAAUAUGAAAAAAUUUCCCCUCAA